AUGUCGGACGCGUACUACGUUUCAAAAGACUCCGACAUACGAAUCAAUUACAAGAAACCUCCACCCGUUGGCUCAAGUCGCAGACCACGUAAACAGUCACAAACUGAAGGAACUCAUCAAGCGGAUUCUCCUUUUGCGUCCGCUGGUGAUCAUAAGCCAAGCGACCGUUCUCAUACUCCAACAAAGUCUACAAAGAACAGUGGUGGGCCAAAGGUCAGCGAGACUGUGUCGGAGCAAUCCUCAGACGAGGAAUUCGAUAGAGCCCCAUCUCCAGGACCUCAGCAGUUCAGACCGCCGAGCAUAUCGAGCGAAUCCCCAGACGAAGGUAUGGCCCCCGGUCAAAAGCCGCCGGUAGAUCUCUACAAGUUUCUAGACAUCGCACGGUCGGAUGAUACAGCGUCGGUCAAGGACGCCUAUUUCAAGAUGAUCAAGAAGUGUCAUCCAGACAAAUGGAACUCUUUGCCGGACGGUGAUGAGGUCAAAGAGGAGAACAAAAGAAAGGCAGCGUACCUUAAUGCUACAAAGGAUGUACUGCUUGAUGCAGAUAAGAGGGCCUUUUAUGAUGAGACUGGGCUUAUGUCCUGA